AUGACCACCGGGCAUCAUCACGCAGCAACGCUCUGGGCGAUCGUGAUCGGUAUCAAUUACUACUCGAAGCGACCCGGUGGAAACCUCGAAGGUUGUGUCCGGGAUGCUGAACACACCCGUUUGUAUCUCGAGGAAGCAGUAGAUACACCACUCGACGUGGUCGUCUUGACAGCCUCCACUCCUCCAGUGACCGGAGCUCCGCCGCCGGAAGAUCCAGACCUUUGGCCAACAUAUACGAACAUCAACAAGCAUCUCGCCAGAGUCAUUGAGGAAGCUAGUAGUGGUGAUCGUGUGUACAUCCACUACUCUGGCCACGGGACAAAGACGCCCCAGGAUAUAGCAUUGGUGCUACUUCAUGAUGAUGGCAUCGAUUCAAGAUAUCUGAGAUCGCGAGUUCUUGCCAAAGCAAUGGGAAAGAUGGUCGAGAAAGGGCUGAUUGUUACCCUUGUUCUCGAUUCUUGCUUUUCGGGGGGCACACUCCGAGGACACCGUAUGUUUGAUAUCGGCGUACGAUCGAUUGAAUAUGACACCAGCUUCGAAAACGAUGCUGAUGAAGGGGUGAACGCCAUCGAGCCUGAGGUUUCCAGUAGCUUCCGAGACGCGCACAUUCAACGAAAUUGGCUCAUCAACCCAAAAGGUUAUACAACAUUAACGGCGUGCGGUCCAGAUGAGGAAGCGUUCGAGAUCCUGGCCAACGGACAUCGCCAGGGUGCACUCACCCACUUCUUGCUGAGAGCUCUGCACACACUCCGACUCCGCGGAACAUCGCUCACCCAUGCUUCGCUUUACGAAAACGUCAGCACCAACUUUCAUGCUCUUUGGGCCCGACAAACUCCCAUGCGCUAUGGCAAUUCAAAUCGUACCAUUUUUGGAGAAUUGCUGCAUUCGCCCAAGAAUAAUUACGUCCCGAUCUACAAGGACGGAGAAGGCCGCUUGUGCUUGCGAGCGGGACAUUUGCACGGGGUCCAUGAAGGCGAUGAGUUUUUUGCUUGCCCAUUCGGUUCAGCGGAGCAAUCCAGUGGCUAUAUUGUAUCUGAAAAGGCCAAUGUCCGCACAAUAUCGGUUGAAGCCACUGAAUCAGUACUCACUACGACAAAAAUGGAAUCUACGUACGGUAUAGUCACAGGAUGGCAAGCGAGGCAAAUCACUAGCCUAUCGCCAGCAGCCAUAACUGUCAGACUUGCAGCGAACGAUGCGCACCUUGAUCCUCCUUGUGAAGGACUACUCUAUGUGGAAGUUGUUGCGGAUGAGGGUAUGGGAAUGCUAAAGUCACCCGCGUCUUGUACCUACAUCGUUGAUGUCGACACGAAAAGCAACUACCAGAUACUCGAUGCGUCACUAAACAAAGUACUUCCUUUCUUGACACUUCCAGCUGGCUCAUCUACUCAGUAUCAAGUCCUCUUGAAUGUUUUGCAGCACAUGGGAAAGUUCAAGUACUUCGAAGCAAUCGAGAAUCGAACACCUUGCUCAUCAUUCGAGGCAUCGUUCUCUCUUGCAUCCGCGCAAAGUUGCAGCAACUCGAACAGGAUAGCGAUUGCGGAAGGCCAAAAGUGGACGAUCAGGAUCAGAAACAACGCAGAAGCGGCGUUGCACAUUGGUAUCUUCAACUUCCGGCCGUCGUGGGAGGUAAAAUGUCUCACCUCAGCCUCAAGUGGAGCUGAGUUCCUCACCAUCCCGGCUGCGAGUGGUGGUCAAGCUAGUGAGAGAUCAUUGAACAUACAGAUGAAGAUUCCUUCAUUCCUGCGCACCCGCGGGGUGAAUGAAUGCGAAGAGGUCAUGAAGUUCUUCGUAGCCCGCAAGCAGACACGCAUCCGUGUGGCACUCCCAGAGAUGGUCGAUACUGCCAAUGGCCAGUACGACGUAUUGAGAGGCAGUGACAACCUUAAACAAUUCCUCUUGAGCCUGAACAGCACGUUUAGGGGCCAAAAGGAAGAGGCUUGGUCUACAAAAAGUUUCAUCAUUCACACAAUUACAUGA